ACCUCAGCACAGCACCCAGCUGCUAUCAUUUAGUCACUUCGAGUAUCGCUACAAGUGUACAACACAUACUAAGUCCCAAGUUUCAGCCAAAAAGAUGAAAGAUCUGUAAUCGUGCGCGAGCGCAGAUUCCAUUGAAAUUUCUCUCCGUGAUUUUAUUUCAAAUUCCAAUUAUUAUAAUUGUUAUUAUUUUAAUGAUCAACAUUCAAUUCUUUUUAAUAAAAUAUAACAAAAAAUAAAAAUUGUUAAAUGAAAACAAAUCAAUUUGCUAUGUACACAAGUUCUACGCCAAACGUUAACAACUCGCGACCAAUUGGAUUGUAUGCGGUUUUGAUAUAAAUUUGUGAUGGCAAUAACGCGGCGGUACCGUGUCCUUCAAUUUUAAUAAAAUUUUUGAUUUUUAUUUCCCCAGUUUGUAGUGUUAAGUGUUGUUGGACAUAGAGCACCGGGCGACGAACACCGCCAUAAUAUAGGACGGACGAUUUAAUUGACUUUGGCUUUGAGUCUCAAUCUCGAGUCAAUCGAAAAUGAAUUUCCCUCAAAUUGAUCUUGAAUCUGGUGUUCUUCACUUUGCCGAUCAUCAACAUCAAUAUCAACAUCAGCGUCAAUAAAAAUAAUAACGUCCGGCGCGCCGCCCGCUCGAUCAAAAACACAAAACCAAAACCAAAAUAAAAACAAACAAAUAAAUUUCAAACAAAAAUUCGAGGAAUAUACUGUACAUAAAUUUUAAAUGAUGGCGGAACUGAUGCAUCAAAUGCGCGAUCCAGCGCACACAUUAGGCGGUUCCGUCGGUAGCAUACCCCAGACCUUGGUAGCAAAUUCAGGUUCUGGAAGUGAUCAGAGUUUACAAAAAGCUCUUGGCAAUGGUCUACACUCAACGCCAGCUACAAAUCUCAAGCUAUCCGAAGCUGUUCGUAAUGCUCCACAUGACGCUAGUCCUAACUUGGUGUCAUCAAAAAUGACAUCAUCUAAAAGUUAUACCCACGGUUUGAGCAAUUCAGCUGGAACAGUUCACAUUCCAACAAGUACGUCGGCUCAAGCUAAUCUCUCGCUGCUCGGCGACAUCUCUCCAAAUCAUACGCACUUCUUUGAGGUCAUGUACGUUGGCAAGAUCCGAGUUUCGCACAAACGUGUCCCGUUUACAUUUAUCGAUGAUGCUUUGCCAAAAUUUAAAGCGUACGAUGCUCAAAGAUCCCGCCUCGUGCAGCUGGGCACAAGUCGAAAGAUGUCGCUGAAUAGCAACGAGGGAUCAUUUGAGGUAACCAAAGAGGAACCCCCAUCAACGGGUAAUAGUGAAAAUGAUUCACAAGAAGAAGCCUCCGAUGAGGGUUCGGUUAAGAGUGAUGGAAACGAAUUGAAGAGUAGUGUAGAAAUCGAAGCUGAGGUUUUGGAAGGUGUGAAAAUUAAAAUUGAAGAAGACAAAGAAAAUAAAUCACCAAGGAAAUUAACCCGAGGACAUAGUCAGCUGGUUCUUCCAGUUAAAAAAGAUAAUAGUAGUGAUGAAGUCGAUGGUGGUGGUGAUGGUGAUGGUUGUGGUGUAGUAGUAGUUAAUAAACUUCCAACUCAGCCUUUAACGGCUCCAAUUCUACCAGAACAAUAUUUGACUUUGGAUAAUAUUCCCAAACAACGAGACCGUUCAGCUUCUUACGGCUGUAUACCACCUUAUGUUGAACAAAAUCGCACUAUGGUCUUUUUAGUUGGGCGAUCCGAUCUCCGUUUAAUCUCGCCAGAUCGCAAACAAGUUCUACUCUAUAAGGACUUCAAAGAUGUGGCUAGCUGCGCCCAAGGUAACAAACAUGCCGAUCACUUCGGCAUCAUAUGUCGUGAAGGCCACAACGAUGGUUACAUCGGCUACGUUUUUAAAUGUCAAUCCGAUCACGUGUGUGAUGAUAUUGUAGCUGCUAUAUCUCAAGCGUUUAUAACUUGUUCCGAACAAAAGAAAAAAGAAGCUAGUCAAGUGUUCUCAUGCGAACACUGUCCAAUGUUAUGGUAUCAUAAACUUUGUUCCGAUGUAGAAGGUCUGAGCGAAAAGAAAACACAGAACGCCAUCUUUCGUCGAAUAGAAUCGCUGAGUGACGACGAACAGGACACUAUAUGGGCCAAAUAUUAUGGCUCUGAAAAAACAAGCUCUAGUUUAGGAGAGCAAAAUCAAUUUCUCAUGAUGUUACUAAGGGCACAUUGUGAGUCACGGCAGCAAAGACACGUCCAUGAUACAGCAGAAAAUCGUUCAGAAUUCUUGAAUCAGUAUUUGGGUGGGAGUACAAUAUUUAUGAAAGCAAAGCGUUCUCUAACGAGUUCUUUCGACCAUUUACUCAAAAGAAAGGCCAGUAAAGAUGAUAUAAAUAUUCCGCACAAUUUGCGAGAUUUCCACAUUAAAGAGUCAAAGGAAGAGCCCAGCGAAUCACCACCAGAGGGAUUCCGUUCAAGAUCGAAUACACUGGGUUCGAUAAGUCCCAAUAAACCCAACGCAGAGCAGCUUAAGUCACCAAUGAUGGAUAUCUUCCGAAAAGUGGGCAACAACCCAAAGGAAAGUUCUAACCAUCAAGGUUCAUGGCGGCAAGCGAUUUUGAAUAGUGUCGUUACUCCUUCAAAAGCUAAUGAAGGUGAUCCUCAAGCUGAGUUCUUGUCCCCAAUGAGAGUAAUACAACAAAAAAGUGGAAAACGUACCAAAGAAGAAUUACGAGAGCUCUGGCGCACAGCCAUUCGUCAGACAAUCCUUCUGAAUCGCAUGGAAAAUGAAAACGCCAUGCUUCAAGCACGACAAAAUGAAAAUGAAAUCAAAAAAAUUAAAUUAGACUACGAAGAGAUUGUGCCAUGCGACAAACAACUUAUCGAACGCUGGGAAAUGAUUAUCGAAAGAGAUUCAGUUAAGAUCACAAAUAAAAAAGAUCCCAGAGUUCUAAUGCAAGCCAUUAAGACAGGAGUACCACGUUCAAAACGUGGUGAUGUCUGGACUUUCCUCGCUGAGCAGCAUUCCAUGAAUACCGCACCUGUGGAUACAAAGAAGUUUCCGAACUUCAACACACCCUAUCACACGCUGCUGAAAAAUCUCACAGAGCAUCAGCAUGCCAUAUUUAUUGACUUAGGCCGCACAUUUCCCAAUCAUAAGUACUAUAAGGACCCCUUAGGAGUGGGUCAACUGUCGCUCUUUAAUCUACUUAAAGCAUAUUCCAUCCUGGAUCCAGAAUUGGGUUAUUGCCAAGGUCUAGGAUUUAUUUGUGGUGUAUUACUUUUACAUUGCGAUGAGGCAGAUGCGUUCCAAUUACUUAAGCAUCUUAUGUUCCGUAGACAAAUGCGCACCAAGUACUUGCCCGAUAUGAAAAAAUUCCAACUACAAUUGUAUCAAUUAUCAAGAUUGGUCAAAGAUCAUAUGCCAGAUCUAUAUGAAUGGCUUGAUAAAAAUGAUGUCUCACCAACUUUAUACGCAGCUCCAUGGAUACUUACGGUUUUCAGUUCACAGUUUCCAUUGGGAUUUGUGGCAAGAGUUUUUGAUUUGCUUUUCUUAGAAUCAUCUGAAGUUAUUUUCAAAUUUGCUGUUGCACUAUUAAGUGUUCACAAGGAUGAACUAUUGGCACGAGAUGGUUUCGAAGAAAUAAUGGAUUAUUUAAAGAAUGUCGUUCCCAAGAUGACAGCCGAUACAAUGGAACAAAUAAUGAGAAUGAUAUUUACCAUGGACAUCAGUAAGCAACUUACUGAAUACAAAGUUGAAUACAACGUCCUCCAGGAAGAAAUAACAACCACAAAACAUCAUCUAGAGAUGCUUAAUCGCGAAAAAGCUCAAAGCCAACAUUUAGAAACACAAUUACAGUUCGCUCAAUCCAGUAUCGCUCAGCUGGAAAAAACUCGUGCUUCACAACAAACACAAAUUACUACACUCCAGUCACAAGUUCAAACUUUAGAAUUGACAAUCCAAACAUUAGGACGAUUUAUUGGUCAUGUUGUGGAGCAUGAUCUGGAUUUAGAUCUGCCAAGUGAUGUUCGUAGAAUAAUACAACAAUUGGAAGACAUUGAGAAGCAACGCCGAAGACCAUACUUUUCAGACCGCAAAAUAAACAAAUCCAUUUCGGUUAAUAGUCAUUUGGGAUUCCCACUUAAAGUUCUCGAAGAACUCAAUGAACGUGAAGAAGGUUCCUCACCUGUCAAAAAGAAGACACCAUUCUUUGAGAACACUUAUGAACAUCUAAGGCAACAACGCGCUGGAGGAGCUUCAUUAAAUCAAAACAGCAAUCAAAAUCAACAACAACAGCAACAACAAAGACCUAAUCGACUUAUUGAUAACAACAUGACUACUGAGGUACACAGUAGAUACGAUGAACUGAAGUUACCUACUCAUGUCGAUCGUGUUGUGAGUAAUUUAAAAAGUCCAAUUGAGGUAGACAGUGGUGUUGGCACACCCAUAAGUCCACCACCAUCAAUAUGCAUCAGCAAUAGUUCUGGUCAAAAGUCGCCUUUGAUCAAUCGUCAAGAUGUUGGAAUGAAAAUCGAAGAAAUGCAUCCACUUAGCAUGGUGGGAGAUGUUAAUGUUCGGUUUAAUGGCACAACACAGCUUAAAAGUUUCCGCCCCGUACAUCAUUUUAAGCCGAUCUCAAUGACAUCUCCGCCGCCACCGCCGCCGCAAGCAAAUGGUUCUAGUACAAGAUCUGAACCAGGAGCACCAAGUCAAAGCUAACGGUUUUGAUUUUUAACAAAACUCUUUCAGGGAAUAUUCCACAGCGAGUCUUUUUAAAAAAAUUAAAAAUACUCAACGCGUUUUUGAGUAGUUAAAAAUUUCAACAAAAAAAAAUGAUAUUAACAACAUAAACAAAACAUCCAUACACUUUAAAAUUGUAGACAAGAGUAAAAAGAAAAAGAAAACAAAUCAAAAUAUGUACCUAUUAUAAAUUUAUAUCUUAAAUUGCCAUACCAAAUCAAUACAGAAUACACAUAGAUUAUUCCGCCCCGCUUUUCACCGAAAUUCAUAGAAGUGCUAAUUUUUGUAUAGUGUAAGAGAGGAGGGAGAAAAACGUACAUCCACGGUAUAUUAUUAUAUUAAUAUGUUUCACUUAUCAUUUUUCGUUUGUAGUAAUUGGCUGCAAUUCGUCACCCAAGCGUUAAUAUUGAAUGUUAGAAACAAAAAGGUUUUAACUUUUUUCUUUAUUUUUUUUUUAAAUGAAUCAAGAUACUUUCAACAAUUAUCAAUAAAAUCGAGUCUCACUUAGAAAAGACGUUUACACUUGAAUUUUAUUGAAAAGCUUAUAAUUUGAUCAAUAACCUUUUUACCAAAAAUAAGCUAAAGUAUACAGAAACUUCAUAAAGGAUAAUUAAUUGAAAAGUUCAAACAAAUUGUUUAUGCAACUAGAAAGUUUAUGCAUUUUUAUACUUUGGUACAUCGAGCGCAUAACAUUAAAAUGCAACUUAAACUACAAGAAGACGGCAUAUAAAAACAGAAAAAGUUUUCGGUUCUCACGGUUUUUAAAGUCUUUUUCGACUAUCGACGCAUAUUUUCUGAACACCCUUUUGUGACAGGCUCCACACUCGCGCAAAUGGUUUGCCGUCGAUUUUCGGCAAGGCGGCGAAACCGCAAAAACAGAAUAACUUUGUUUCUAAACUUAACUUUAUAAGCGACCUUAAGUGCAAUCAACUUUUGUGAAUUAAACUCGAUUUCUUUUUCGAUUACUUGAUAAGAAAUUUCGGGCGAAAAGCCCGGAAUCUUAUGUUCAAUGUAUGCUCUCAGCUUUUACAACGUGGACUUUUUGGCAUAAACUAAUGACAGAAAAUAGUUUAGAAGUGUUAAAACACACGAAAUCACGGGCCGGCCAAUCGAUUGGACCAUUUCUUGGGAUAACCACGAUUAUCAAAGUUACUCUACAAUAAAGGUGUGCUGUGUGACUUGUGGCACCAUCCUCUCAUCAAAGUCCAUAGCUUGCAACUCGAGCCAAAAGUAAUCGGUAAUAAUGGAAGUAACAAAGCAAUUAUAAAUAAAUUAGGUGCCUCAACAGUCCGUUGAAAACCAGGAGUGCGUGAAGUUAGCCCCCCUUUUUUCGAUUUUCCAAUUUUGGAAAGUUGUUCUAGGUUGUUCCGCAUUGUUCCAAAGUUUUUUUUUUCUUGAUCGGCCAAUCGCAUUUUAGAUUUUUCGAGCGGAUCAAAAUCCUGUCAUCAAAUGUGACGUUAGUGUUGUAUGUAGUGGUGAGCGUCCAUUUUCCACAGUCUUUUUGAAAUUAAAAUUAAAUUUCGUUUAAAUUGUUGCCGAGUGGCCAAAUUCAUUAACUCAAAGUUAUCUUUACUAGGCACAGAACAGCUUCAAAGCUGUCGACCGACAUACUAAGAUAAUUCUUAUAGUCUUCACCGUCCUCCCAUAGUAAGUUCUUGAGUAGGUGCGCCUCUAAAUCAUAAAGUUCCCUUACUUCGAGAAAUGGAUUCACCCAAAACCAAUAACUACCGACACUAAAGACAAAUCACAAUGUCAAAAAAUCUAUUAUACUCUCGCAAACCUUCAUAUGAUCGGAAAUGGGUAAUGUCCGGAUUUUCCACAUAUCGCUUGAACACGACACACAAUGGCCGUAAGAUUUGCGCACUCAUUGGUGUAACUUAAUAUGCGAGCAAAUUUACGCAAACAAUUGUGCGGUAUUUGGGACAGAUUCCACACAUCGUCUAUACAUCCUUAUUUGCGCUAUUUUUUAAACUUUUGUCACGUACUUUUUAAACUUUUGUCAGAACCGCGAAUAUGUGCGGCUUUUAUAUUCCGUCUGCUGUAGCUUUAGUUAUGGUGAAUUAAAAAAAAAAAAAUCUAUUUUCUCGUUAGUAGUACAUUAUGAAUGGCAUAUCUUUUUUAUAAACAAAUAUAAAACUUUUCCGCUGGCUAUUAUGUUUUUUUAAAUGAGCCUUUGAAUAGAAUUCUAUUCUAUGACUUCAUUUAACAACUAAGUUAAUUAAAAUAUUACAGAAUCAUCAAUUUUAUUUUGCCGUCUUUAAUUUAUUGAAUGACUUCGUCUGUUUUCUUUUUCGAUAAUAUUAACUUUUUAUUAUUCCAAUCAUUUGCAGAUCAAUUAAUUUUGUUUUCCUUCCACUUUGCACAAAUAAAACACUUAAUACACAAAAGCAAAAUCAAAUACAAUAAAAACUCUUACCUUACAGUGUGUUACCCAGAACAUUAUAGUUUCAAAAAUAUUGUUCCAAAUAAUCUUAAUCUUUAGCUUUUAACUGGUUCUUAUUGUUAGUAAAAGGAUUCUUAUAAGCUUAGUAUGGAAACUAAAACAUAUUGCUAGAACAAUUUGAACUUGAAGUACUGCGGAUAAUGUAAUGAUAACAACAAUACCAAAAAAAAACUAUACAUUAAUUGGUACGGACAAUAAAGAAAAUAACGUUCAGUCAAACAUCUUGAAGAUCAUGUUUUAGAGUCUAUAAAAUCUUAAGCAACAAACAUUUAAAAAUACAAAACAAAACAAACAUACAGAUAAAACCAAAUAUGGCUUUUUGCGAUAUUUCCUUUUUUGUUUAAUUUUAAUUUUAAUGAUAUUAAUAUUUUAUUUAUUAAUCUACGAUUUGUUUAAUAUCAAAUUUAAAUUAUAAAUUAUGUUAAUUACAAAAUAAAUAAUUUUAAGUGUAUGUGUACUAUAAAG